UCUACGUUUCCGGAAGAGCAACUGGUGCAGGUUUAAUGGACAAGGAAGAGGUAUUUGUUUAGGUUUAGCCUUCGUCUGCGGAGCAAAAACACUCACAUUUCCACAUAUAUCGCGUCUUGAAAUCGUCGCCAUGCCUUUAUUUGCCCAAAACCCGUUUGAACAAGUAGUUGAGAAGGCAACCAAUGAAACCAACACGACAGACGACUGGGGGCUGAUCAUGGACAUCUGCGACAAGAUUGGGACGACGCCCAAUGGACCAAAGGACUGUUUGAGAGCCAUCAUGAAGAGAGUCAAUCACAAAGUGCCUCAUGUUUCCAUGCAGGCUCUCAACUUGCUCGGUGCUUGUGUUUCAAACUGUGGGAAAAUCUUCCACUUGGAAAUCUGCUCUAGAGAGUUUAACGGUGAAGUACGGAGCAUCGUGACCCGGGCUCAUCCUAAAGUGUGUGAGAAGUUAAAGGCUCUGUUGGUGGAGUGGGCAGACGAUUUCCAGAAGGAUCCACAGCUCAGUCUCAUCGGUGCCACCAUCCAGUGUCUGAAAGAGGAAGGCUUCACCUUCCCCUCCUCAUCCUCGCAGGGGGCGCCCACAAAGGUCAGCACACCUGCUGCCAGCAAACCAUCGGAUGAAGAUGACCUGGCCAAAGCCAUCGAGCUCUCCUUACAGGAGCAGAAGCAGCAGGCAGAGUUGCGACCCCUGUCUGUGACCUCCGACCCCCCGAGCUACGCCAACAGCGGCGUGGCACCGGAGGCUCGGAAGGUGCGAGCGCUGUACGACUUUGAGGCGGCGGAAGACAACGAGUUGACCUUCAAAUCUGGAGAAGUUAUUCUGGUUUUGGACGACAGUGAUCCAAACUGGUGGAAAGGAGAGAACCACAGAGGAGUCGGUCUUUUCCCCUCCAACUUUGUCACGACCAAUCUGAACGCUGAACCGGAGACAGUGACUUACGUCGAGAAGACGGAGACCCCUGAAGAGACGAGUCCAGAACCCAGAGCUGAGCCUGAGCCCGUCUUCAUAGAUGAGGAGAAGAUGGACAGGACGUUGGCUCUGCUGCAGAACGCAGAUCCUGCAGAUCCGUCUCCUGACCCUGUGGAGCUGAUCCAGCUGGAGGGUGCGUGUGAACAGAUGAACCCGAUGAUUGAUGAGAAGCUGGAGGAGAUCGACAGGAAACACUCAGAGUUGUCGGAGUUGAACGUCAAAGUCCUGGAGGCUCUGGAGCUUUACAACAAGCUCAUGAACGAGGCUCCGUUCUACACGUCGUACUCGAAGAUGCAGCCGCAGUACCCGCCGCCGUCCGCAGCCAUGCAGGCUUACCUCGGACCAGCCGCCACCCCCUACAUGCACACAGGGAUGCCUCAGGUUCCUGCGGUGCAGCCGUAUAAUCUGCCCAGCGACCAGCCCGCUCCACUGCACUCACUGCCCCCAAAUGUCUCGGCGCCACCCAACAGCCAAGCCGCCCAGACUCCUUACAUGAGCAGUGGCAUGAACGCUCAGUACAUGAGCCAGGCCGCGGGAGUCCCUUACCCCCCACAGGGGGGCGUGGCCAUGGACAUAUCCACCUAUCACAACUCUAACAUGCAUCCUGUGUCUUAUCCAAUGGCUGCUCCCCUUCACCAGGCUCCUCCCCCUCAGCAGCAGCAGCAUCAGCAGCAGCAUCAGCAGCAGCAGGCGGCGUAUUAUCAACAACCGCUGCUGUAAGAGUGAGCGGCGACAGCAGACCUGACACUAACGCUCACUUCUCAUGUUUCACAGGCUCGUUCUGUUCGUACUCUGUGUGUGUCUGUGUGUCUGUGUGUCUGUGUGUGUCUGUGUGUC